AUGUCAUCCACUGAUAUCGAUAAGCUCGAGUCUGGCAUCACUGAGGAUAUCACCCAUCGCUCGAUACAAGGCCACUUCGCUAACGCCAACCCGCUGCCUCCACCCAUCGCCGCCCUGCCUCCUCCAUCUAAUGGUGCUGUCUUGGGUCUCUUCUCCUUCGGUGCUACCUGUAUUACCUUUUGUCUUUACAACGCGCAGGCCAGUGGAGUCACCAUCUCCAACGCUAUAGUCGGCAUGGCUCUAUUCGUCGGCGGUGUAUCCCAGUUUACAGGUGGGGUUAUCGAAUUUUGCCGCAGAAGCACCUUCACCGGAUCAGUUUUCUGUAUCUACGGAAAUUUCUGGCUAUCGUAUGCAGCCGUCCUACUUCCGGGAACUGGGAUUGCGGCUGCAUAUGAAGGCGAAGCCGACAUGCUCGGUGAUGCCCUCGGUAUUUACCUCGUCGUAUGGACCCUCAUCACCGUCAUGUUCUUGAUUGUCGCCCUUCGAAAAACCGUAGCCUUGAUUCUCUUGUUGAGUAUCCUUGCUGUGACGUUCCUCCUGCUCUCUGUAGCCCAAUUCACUGGAAAUUCAACUAUUGCAAAGGCAGGAGGUAUUGUCGGCGUCGUGACAGGCUUUGGUGCAUUCUAUGUCGGUCUUGGGGAGCUACUUGCUGCGGACCCCUUCCCACCUUUCCUCUUGCCUCAGGGCGUUUUCAAGCAUUAG